UGAGUGGUGAUAAUCAUAUCCAGCUCAUCAAGACUAAAGAAAUGUUUCUGCAACCAGCAAAGGCAUGAAGAAGUUGCUUGGUGAACUGAUAUCAUCAAGACAUGGAGAAAUAUGAUAAAGUCCUGACUCUUGGCCAAGGAGGGGCAGGCAUUGUGUCACUGAUGAAACAUGUUGACACAAAGAAGUUAUGUGCAGUCAAGAGAAUACACGUGGACAGUUCCCGAAAAACAAAGACCAAAGACGUUGUGUUGCAAGAGGCAAUAAUUCUUCGCAGCUUGAAGCAUCCUCAUAUUAUAACAUGGAUUGACACGUUCUUUGACGCAACUAACGAGAGUAUUUACAUUGUCAUGGAUUAUUGUGAUGGCGGAACACUGGAUGACCACAUUAAAGAGCAGAAAAGUGAAGAACGCUUUACAGAAUCCAAAAUCAUGGACUGGUUUGUGCAAGUGGUCAUGGCCGUGAGUUACAUCCACUCUGAAAAGAUCCUUCACAGAGACAUCAAACCUUCCAAUGUGCUGUUAACCAAAAGAGGCGUGAUCAAGCUUGGGGAUUUUGGAAUAUCAAAGAUUAUGAAUCACACACUUGAUAUGGCCUCCACUUGUGUUGGAACCCCCAGUUAUCUGAGUCCCGAACUCUGUCAGGAUGUCCCAUACAGCACCAAGUCUGACAUAUGGGCUGUUGGCUGCCUACUAUAUGAGCUCUGUGCACUCAAACCAGCGUUUCAAGCCAAAAAUCUCCUAAGUCUCUUUUACAAGAUCAUAAAAGGGGAGUACAUCAAAGUUUCUGAGAUGUACUCAGAAGAUAUCCAUACAUUAAUCGAGAAAAUGCUGUCCUUAGUUCCUGAGAACAGACCAAGCGCAGCUAGCAUACUUAGCAUGACCUAUGUGCAAGAACGUCUGGGAAACUUCAUCACACAUCAGGAGAAAGAACUUACGAAGGUGAAUGCUGAAUCCAGACCUCAAACUAAAGAAGACUUUAACGUAGAUAUGGAAAGCAGAACAGAUUGUGCCUCAGCUGUCUUUGAUAAGACACUGGAAAUAGAGACAUCAGGCAUUGCUGAGGAGGAAGUGGCCCAUGAAGGAACAGAGUCGGAUUAUUCUGAGGACUUUGACGAACAUGAUAGCUAUGCAUCCUCAGAGGAUGUUUCGAGGGAAGAUGGCUCCUCCAGCCUUGCCAAUGUGGUUGAAGAGGGAUUUGAGGAAUCUAGUGUCGUAUUUGAAGACGAGGAGAUCUCUGAAUACCCGGAUGACUUUGAAGAAGCUGAGGAUGAUGACCUGGCAGAGGUGGUCAGCUACGCCAGAGAUGUCAUGAACUGUUCAUCUGAGAAUGAUGCGUUUGCUGUGGAGCUGGAGCUCAAAGAUGCAGAUGGUUUCUCUGUCACCAUGAAAAUGUUAAAGGACAAAUACAUGGAGGAUGUUGGAGCCUCGGUCUAUGAGGAAAUCAGUGAGCACUUUCUGAAUGGCCUCACGCCAGAAGACCUGCAGCCACAGUUCCAGCACAUGAUCGGUACUGACCAUCUGGAGACCUGCUAUCUCAUAUUCAAUCUUGACCAGGAGACCACAUGCUGAAUCAUGCAGGUCCAAUUUAGAGAAAGACUCAUGAAGUGUAAAACAUUGUACUCCUAUUGAGAUGAAGAAAAUGGGACAUUUUCCACCAAGCACUCAGUGCUGUGAAGUUGUUACCUCAUAUAACCAGUAGGUGGCACUAUAUAGUAAGAAAAUAUGUAGUUUGAUGUAACAAACCAAUCCAGAAAAUGACAAUAUCAUAGUUUCUCAUCUUGGCACCAUUAGUCACAUCCCAAGGCCUGGAAUAUAAAACUGCUGCCUUUUAAACUCACUACACACUGAAAACUGAAAACACACUGAGAAAUUUAUUAGCUGCUUGGAAAAAAAAGAAAAGAUUUUACCCAUUUCUUCUGCCCAGAGCUCCUAUAAACUAAAUUAUCUCUCAACAUAUUCAUCUGACAACGAUUAUAAAUGAGAAAGCAGUGGAGAAUAGCAUAUGAAUAUUUCCUACAGUGAUUUCGUUCCACUACUGAAAUGUAAAAAACGAAGGACUGGUGUAGAAUUAGUAAAUUUAUGGGCCACAGCUGCAGUUGGUUUCCACUUAAGGCGUUUUCCCUUUAACUUGUCCAGAUCAUUCCAACAGGGAAUUAGUCACUGUGAUUGAGAAAUUGGCACGUGCAACUGUAUGAAUGACCUUCUGUAUUAUAUUUCAUUUAAGAAUGUUCACAAUCUGCCUCCAGAGAAUUGUGUGUUAUCAAGCCAGCAUUAGCAAGGGAAAACUGCAUCGUUUGACAUUUUGCCAGAAUAAAAUGAGCGAAAUCUCUUUAGAGAAUGUGGUUUUGGCCGUUUUACAGUAAGCAAUUUGUUUUAAUAUCUCUGAAAAAGCUGAAUUGUGUUGAUUAUAUCUAGAGAUAUACUCACUCAAGAUGGUAUCAGGUUGGGCUGUUUCUCUGUAUCAUGAUGUUUGUUAUAUUUCAUAUGCCAAGCUCUUGCUUAUGUUAAACCUCUGUAUGUGUGUGUGUGUGUGUGUGUGUGUGUUUUAUAGAAGAAGUUAAAUAAAAAGACUAGCCAGGAAUGAAACCCCAUUUUACAAGCGCAAAAAAAACAGAUUUUUAACUAUGCGCUGUAAAGAAAAACAUCUCCGAAGAUUAAAAAUGUAAACUCAUAUCCCCCAAAAUACCUCUAUUUUUCAUGUUAUGUUCUGGAAAGAGUAAACCGCUGACUGAGAAGUCAUUCAAGAUAGAGCUUUUAAAAAAUGUCCAUAAGACUGAUGGAUUGUCAUGGCUGUUUCUUUAUUUAUCCAUCUAUGCAUUUGGAUGAGUGGGUGAGAGACUAGAAUAGAUGCAGACAGGCCUAAAAGCGCUUUAAGUUGCGAUCACCUCUAUGCCUUGUCACUUUAAAACCUGUCAAUAUUUCAUCCAUAUAGGAAAACCAGCCACAGGGAGAGCUUGUCAUCUGUGUCUUCAGGGCUUUGUACAAAGUGUGAUGUACUAUUGAUUGAUUUCUGCAUGUGUGUUCCACUGCUUUCUUCUUGCUUUUUUGUUUGCACAUUGUUAAAAAAUGAGGCUGGGAUCCUAAUUAAGAGUCUUUGUUUUUGAGCUGGCGUUUUUGUCGUGCAUCUUUAGGAUAAAAUAUUGAAAAAGUUUCUGAAAAAUGACAAGCUGACUUAUCUUAGUCACUUCUGUUGUUGUUUUGCUUGGUGUCUUCUAAUUAUAACUUGCUUAGCUUGUAUUCAGAUAUAUUGUGCAUAUCAAAUGUGAUUUGUACAGAUUUAUAUCAAGAUUGCAGUGGUGAAGUCUAACAUUUGAGGAGCAUGUGUGAUUUCUGAUUUAAUUUUUUCAGAGAUUAUUAUAGUUGCAUUUUAUCAGGAACAUACAUGUUACAGAUUAGAUAAACUGCAAAAAAAUAUCGAGCACAACACUGUGACUUCAAAUUCACAA